AUGGCUUGCGGUGCAGAAUGCCUUUCGCUAGGCCCACCGCCGGAUUCCAUCCUGCACAUGCCUCCACCGCCGCUGCCAGCAUUCCUGGCGAACGCAGCCAACCUAACACCACCAUGCCGCGCCUCAAAGUGCCCACCAAACAGGAAUAAUGAAGACAACUCCAUAUUCCCCGGAGUUGAGUACCACGAGCUGCCUAGACACGCUUUUGUUCCAGAGCCCGCUGCAAACGACGACACGUGGUUCCUGGUACUCAUCACUUGCUGCAUCGCCGUUCUGUGUAUAGCUGCUUUACUGGCACUAUUUCUUCUUAAAUGCAGAGAGGCCCGCGGAGGGUGCAAAAGUGGAACUGGCAAAGCAUCCGGUUCUAAUGCAUUAUAUGGAGGAGCCGCUUUGGACUCCCGCGUCUUAUGGGCAGCUUUGACCCCUAGGGGAACCAGACACUUCGUCGCUGAUACAUACCCUCACGAUGAAACCGAAGACCAUCAUUAUGAAUGCGUGGAGCCCCCUCUCUACAAACUCGGACCUCCAGAAGACUUGACGAUCACGCGUCACUUUAACGUGGAAUAUGAAGACCCUGCUCCCUUGAUCGAGAGCUACAGCGACAGAACUGAAGACUACUUCCGAAACGGAAUAGAUACCCUGCGACGUGGAACACGACCUUUAGUAUCUUCCCCAACGAGGAUCGAACGCCCAAACCUGCCCCCUUUGAACCUCCAGCCUCGCACUCUGCGGAGGGCCCCACACUCCCGACGAGUGAGCGAUGCAAACAAUCCGGAGAAAUCGGCCAUCUGA